AUGAACACUGUCAAAUCGGUAUACUACGGCUGGGGUACCCUAAUCGUCGCCGGCGGCGGCGCCUACUACUUCGCCAAGCGCUCCAUCAACGAAGACCGCGCACGCAAAGCCGACCUCGACGCCCAAAAACGACUUGCGCAGUACCAGCUCGAGCAAGCAUACAGCCAAUCUCCUCCAGCGCCUAAGCCAACGCCCUCAAACAUGCCCUCCUACGCCGGCAAGCCGUACACGCCGCCCGCGCCCAAGUCGGUUACAAGCGAGCUCGGGAAGAAGCGGCGGGAGAUGGGGGAGGACAAGGAUUGGCAUACGGCGCAUGAUGAGGCGGGGAACCCGAGCCAGGAGGCGAAUGGCGAUCCGGCGCCUACGAGGCAUGCGCCUGAGGAUGAGGCGCAGAAAAUGAGGGAGAAGAGCAAGUAUGAGGCUAGUGAUAUCUAUCGGAGUCGGAAGGGAGACCGUUUUUCAUGA